AUGUCCGACUCCAAGAUGAAAUUACCGGUGCAACUCUUCUCGUUCCUGAACCAUCAUCCGAUCCCAACGACCCUCUUAAUUGCGUUGACCUGGAUCAAUUUCUUUGCAGGGGGUCCCGGGGCAGUUUUGGUUGAGAUAGCCAUCGAUCUCUUCGGUGUAUAUCCGCCCGACUCCCAUAAUCCCGCCACGCUUUCUCCGAUAUCAAUUACAGCUUUCUCAUCUGCUGUGAGUAAAACUGCUUUACUAUUUUCCACGACUUCCAUGGUGGCCGGCGUGAGCAACCUUUUAUGGGUUCCACUUGCGGUUAAAUACGGUCGUCGCGUGGUAUACACUUCCUCGUUCCUGGUCUUUGGACUCUGCUGUAUCUGGUCGGCGCGUGCCACCUCUUAUGGUAGUCUGCUGGCUUCGAGAAUUAUAGCAGCUUGGUUUUCUGGUAGUGCAGAAUGCGUUGCUCCCAUGACAAUCGCAGAUAUCUUCUUUCUUCAUGAAAGAGGUAAAAUGACCGCGAUGUAUUCGGCCGCGCUCUCUACGGGUGCUGCUUUUGGCUUGUUGAUAUCUGGGAUCAUGUCCAUCUCGCAGAACUGGAGAAUGUUCCACUACUUGUGCGCUGCCCUCAUUCUAGCUACAACGGUCUUGAUUUUCUUCACUAUGCCCGAGACCGCAUAUCAAAGAGAUGUCGGUAGGACAGAUGAAGUGACAGACCAAAAAAUCUCCAACGUGGCCGAAGUGGAGCAUAUCGAGGUGUCUAACACACCCAAGAAGUCCUUUACUCAGCGAAUGGCCUUCAACCGCGCGCCGCUCACCCAUGAGAGCAUUUGGAAAAUUGCCUUCCGCCCUGUGAUUAUUCUUUUCUUACCACCAGUCCUCUGGUCCACGGUUUCGUUUGGAAUAGGAAUCGGAAUUUUCGUUGUGCUAGGUACCACAGCCGCAACAGCCUUCUCCCAAGUCUACGACUUCACAGUCUGGCAACUGGGGUUGGUUUGGAUCGCGGGCAUUGUUGGUAAUCUAUUAGGUAUACCCUUUGGUGGCUACUUUUCGGAUUGGGUAGCCAACCGUGCCACUUCGAAGAAUGGUGGUGUUCGCGAGCCAGAGAUGCGCCUUCCGGCUGUGAGCAUCGCUAUGAUCACUUACCCGGGGUCACUUCUUCUCUAUGGCCUUGGAAUCAAUUACAAAGCUCAUUGGAUGGUCCCUACUCUGGGAAUAUUCUUGUUCUCAUUCGGAAGUAGUGCUGCGAUUGGCAUCACUGUGGUCUACACAAUAGAUUGCUACCGGCCGAUUGCCGGUGAAGUUGUGGUGAGCCAGGUUGUUUUCAAAUCCUUUAUUACGUUUCUCAUGUCCUUCUACGCGAACCCUUGGGUGGAUCGGGAUGGGUACGCAGGAGCAUUUGGCGCGAUGGCCGGGUUCAGUUUUGUCGUCCUAGCACUGUGGGUCCCUCUUUACAUCUGGGGUAAACAGAUUCGUCAUGCCACUCUCAAAGGGCGGGUGAUGCGAUAUGUACACUGGGAUUUGGACCGAGAGACGGGGGAGUAG